GGUUGACGUCAGCAAACUUAUCCAGCAGCUGUGGAGAGGAGGCGAGCUGAGGAGGAGGAGGAGGAGGAGGAGAGGCAAUGAAGACUGCUGGAUGUGGAGCUCUGGCUGUGGAGCGCUGAGGACGGUCGGUGGGGCUGCUUUUUUUUUUUCUUCCUGCGGGACUGUUCGGACUUCUUCUUCUUCUUCUUCCAGUAUGUUCAACACAAUGUUCUCCUAUGUGCUUAUUCACUGAAAGACAUCUGCCUCCAGCUCCAACAGAAGAUGCAGCACUAAUGAGCACACCGCAGCCUUUAGAUGAGUGAGGCACAACAAAACAACCUGAACAUCAACAGUCUGCAGUAAAAGUGUAAUAUUGUCAGAUACUCAGGAGGGACCUUGGAGACGCACAUUUUCCACUAUGAACCGCGCCUUCAACAGGAAAAAAGAUAAAUCAUGGAUGCACACCCCGGAGGCACUGGCCAAGCAUUAUAUACCCUACAAUGCCAAGUUCCUUGGAAACACAGAGGUUGAAGCCCCAAAAGGCACAGAAGUUGUAAAGGAUGCAGUCAGAAAGCUAAAGUUUCAGAGACAUAUCAAGAAAUCAGAGGGACAGAAGACCCCCAAAGUGGAACUGCAGAUUUCCAUUUAUGGCGUGAAGAUACUAGACCCCAAGACAAAAGAUGUGCAGCAUAACUGUCAGUUACACAGGAUAUCCUUCUGUGCAGAUGACAAAACAGAUAAAAGGAUAUUCACUUUUAUCUGCAAAGACUCGGAAUCUAACAAACACCUCUGCUAUGUGUUUGACAGUGAAAAGUGUGCAGAGGAGAUAACUCUAACUAUCGGUCAGGCCUUUGACUUGGCCUACAAGAAGUUCUUGGAGUCUGGGGGCAAAGACGUGGAAACCAGGAAACAGAUUGGAACCCUACAGAAAAGAAUUCAAGAACUGGAAACAGAAAACUCUGAACUGAAGCAACAGCUUCAAGACCUUGAAGAACAGCUGAUGAUAGCUCAUGUGCCACCACCGCUGCACAUAAACGCAGCUAAUGAAGCGUACAUGCUGCAGAGGCCCUCCUCUCUCUUCUGGUGUCACAGCAUCAAGUCGCUCUCCUGUCUGGAAAUCUCCUCUAUCACGCUCACUCCUAUGAGCUCGCCGGAGUCCAACUUGUCUGCUGGGCUACUAACUCCUCCGCCUGCCAAACCUGCUCUCCUUCCUCCUAAGCCUACCGAGGGAUGCAGCAUCCCGCGGCCUCGCGCAGGGAGCAUCUCGAUGAAACCACAGUCUACGGACGUUUUCGACAUGGUUCCCUUCUCACCUGUGACGCCGCUGGUGCCCACUCUGGCCAGCAACGGCUGCCCACCACCACCACCGACCACAUUACCACCAGAUAUAAGAAAAGACCUGUUUGGUGCUGAGCCCUUCGAUCCAUUCACCUGCGGAGCAGCUGACUUCCCUCCAGAUAUCCAGUCAAAGCUGGAUGAGAUGCAGGAGGGGUUCAAAAUGGGACUAACCUUAGAGGGCACUGUCUUCUCUCUGGACCCGCUAGACAGUCGCUGCUGAUGCCAAGAAGAUGCUCUUUGUCACGUACUUUUAACUCGUUUGUAUGAAGAAGUGCCAAAAUCCACUCCACGGUUGAGUCAAGAUGUCACAGUUUUCAUCUUGAGGUUUAUAUGCAUUUGCAUUUAGAUUGGUUUUUCGAUAUUUCAUGGUAAACUCAGAUCCAUUAUAGAAAAGAACUAUUUUUGUAAAAGAAAACAACUUAUGGAAGGAGUAGUUUUGAGUACCUUUGCUUGAACAGGCAAUGAGAGAUGUAAAUAGUCGAAUAUGUCCAAUGGUACACAGAAUUUUCAUAUGACAGUUUGUGUGUAUGCACCAUUUGAAUUCUGUAUUGUUAACACAUUCCUGUUUGUAUGCCAAACACAAGCUGGCGAAGAAAAUAAAUGGAAUCUGUAUCAUUAACACAGCUUGCCCAUAACGUCAUAUAGCUUCUUUUUUUACACAUGAAUUAAUCCAGUUGCUUACUGACCUUUCCACUGUUUGUUUUUGAUGUUGAGUUGUUUGUUUAUUUUAUUUUAGUUUUUUUUUUUGCAUUUCACAUGAGUUGCCAUUUCAGUAUUUACGUAUCAUAUUUUUACUUUGUCAUAAUUUUAGUCUGCUUUUCUUGCACCAGAGGGCACUUUUUUGGACAGCCUCUGUCCAUAUACAGUACAGUACUAUUCCCAUUAUUUUACUUUUGGUUGCAUUGACUUUGCUGUUACACCUAUUAAAGAAAAUCUUACUGCAAAAAACAA